AUGAAUUUGUUGCAACUAGCAAAGUCUGAGCUGAAAUGGGCUUGUGUUUUUGCUGCAAUCAAGCGCGGCAAGGACGGGCGGAGCUGCUCCAAUCAACAAUCGGAGUCGCGGGGCUUUUGUUACAUGUUGCAACCGGAGUUGCAAAUUGCUACUACCGGCAUCCUAAACGGCUACAACCGCCGUCUUGUUUUGUUGCUGUGGAGCUGCUGCCAUCGCCACCGGAGCUACUACCGUCGCCACACGAAGCUGCAACCGUGGGGUGUAGCUGUCGCAUGGGUGGAGCCAGUGGCAAGGGCCUUGACCGGCGGCGAGGACGGCCGGCGUGGGCGGCGAUCGGCUCUGUGCCGACUAGAACGACUGAGGAAAAAGCCACGGAUACAAAUAUUUCAAAAAAGUAACAAUCAAUAUUUCAGAAAGAGAAGAAGAGGACUCACCCUUCGGCCGUCGCCCGUCACUGCAGCAGCGGCGUCGUCCUCCUCCACCGUGGCCUGCGCCGCCUUUCCUUGGCCGCGCUCCGCGGCUGCACAGCGUCGCCUUGCCCCUCCUCAAUUACUCCUUGGCCGCCGUUCGCCCGUCCGCCGCACCACCGUUGUCGCCCAAAGCGAGUCCGUUGUAUGGUCGUGGCCUUCCUCGACGGUGCACAGAACGCUCUCUGGUCUCUGCAGUAGCUGCUCCGUCGUCGUCCGCCACACCAUCCGCAGCAGCCUUGGCCAUGCCCUCCACCAUACCGCCAUCGUCGUCAUCAUAGAGUUAGGGUUCGUGUGGGGAAUCAGGAGAGAAGAAAGAAGUCAAAUAAGGAAUUGUCUCCAGAUCUAUCUCCUCCCUUCCGCCGCCGCCGCAGCUCAAAAAUUCCCCACCAGAAACCCUCGCCGCCUCGAACCUCCAGGCCGCCGCCCGCAUCGGCGCUGCCGGACGAGCUUUCUGGAGGAGAUUUUCCUCCUCCUACCGCCGGACGAGGCUGAGCACCUCUUGCGCGCCUCCCUCGCCAACAAGUUCUGGCUUGGCCUCCUCUCCGGCGCUCGCUUUCGCGGCCGCUACCGUGAGUUCCAUGGAGCUCCCCCCAUGCUGGGCUUCCUUUAUUCCUGCCACUGGAACUCCCGCCCGAAGAUGAAAGAUAAUAUCCCACACUUUGUCCCCACCACGAAAUUUCGUGCGUGCAUUCCCGACGAUGACUGGGGGGACUGGGAAUAUGAUGCGUGGGACUGCCGCCAUGGUCGUGUUCUCCUUGGCGAUGCAGGCUAUAAACCCAUGACGCUCGUCGUUUGGGACCCCAUGACGGGCUGCCGGAGGGAGCUGGAUGCGCCCGUCCUGGUGGACAAUAGCUAUGGGGCAGCGGUGCUCUGCGCUGCGAGUGGCUGUGACCACAGUACGUGCCACGCAGGGCCCUUCCAGGUCGUCUUCAUCGCUCUGAACAAGACUGAUGCUCAUCAUUGUGUUGCACAGGCGUGGGUGACCUUGCCGGUGACAGGUGACCACAGCAACCCCAUUUUGUUGAGCAUAUACCGUUCUCAUUUUGAUAAGUGGAGCAAUCCAUGCUCCGGCCUUCAUCUUGACUCCGAUGUGUACAUCCACGAAGCGCCUCCUGUCUUCAUCCAAGACACACUUCACUUCAAGCUUUGUAGCUGCGUCGAUGAUCGCCUAGUCGGAAUUCUCAUGUACGACAUAAGCACUAAUUGCUUAUCAUUGAUUGAUAUGCCGCUUGCGGGGUCUAUCAUUGCUGAUGAUGUUAUCCUCAUGGUGAUGGAGGAUGACAGUUUGGGGUUUGCGCAUGUGGGUGGGUUAAUCCUCAAUCUGUGGUCAAGGCACAUGGGUUCUGACGGAGUUGCAUCAUGGACUCAGCGUACAGUCAUCAAUAUCAACGACAUCCUUCCCAUUCGAAAUCCAAAGAAAAGACUUAGGCUGAUUGGAUCUGUGGAAGGCACCGAUAUCAUUUUCGUGACCACGGAUCUUGGCAUCUACAAGAUUAAUCUGAAGUCACUACAGUGGAAGGAGAGAAAAGUUUCAGGUUUUCAUCCCAUACACGAGUUUCUACAAUUCACAAGAAAGGGUGACCCCCAGUGACGCGGCGCAUUAAGAAUGUCUGGUUGAAUAUGUACGAGGCUACACUCAUCAACAAGAUAUGUGACAAACUUGGAGGCAACAUGGGUAUCGCGAAGUCCUGAUGAAUUAUGUCAUCAUUCAGUAACCCUUUUGGUGCAGCGGUGCUUGCUUGUUUUCUCAUGUUGUUGGUAGCUUUUGUCAGUUAGCUCGAUAAUCUCCCGUGUUAGUGGCCGAGUGAAUUGAUUCUUUGUAAUGAACCUCUAAUUUGAUGUACCCUGUUGUAGAAUUUACUUGAAAAAGCAUUUGCAGACAGUAACUUGGUAUUACCAUUUUAAAAACUCUACAGUUUGCCCUGUCCCAGCUUUGAUCCAAUCUUUAAAUUCAUCUCUCAAAAGAUGUACUAUUAGGGAGUGGUUUCUGUUUCCCGAGAGAUGGUAUGAUGAACCUUUUUGCACCUUGGCUUGCUGGUUUUUUCUUAAUGAAUAAUCUGAUGGAUUUAAGUUCUGUUUUUUAGCAACCAAUGUUGCUGAAGAGUAUAGCACGCGAACUGGAUCUCGAGCUAUAAGUUCAGUGAACUAUAGGAUAUGGGGCUGCAUGGCUAUGAAGAUCUCAUAGAGAUUUUAAUUGCUUCAGUAGCUCUAGAAAACUGUUUGGUGUGUGUUCGUUAUUCGUUGUGCAUCUUUAGCCAUGUAAAGAGAUGAAACAUGUUGUUACA